GGGGCAGCGGCGGGCGCGCGGGGCGACAGCGCGCAGCACGGCCGGCAGCCCCGCGUCCCGGCGCCCACCAUGGGCGACGAGAGCGCCAAGGACCUGGAGAAGCAGCUUCGCCUGCGCGUGUGCGUGCUCAGCGAGCUCCAGAAGACCGAGCGGGACUACGUGGGCACGCUGGAGUUCCUGGUGUCGGCAUUCUUACACCGAAUGAACCAGUGCGCCGCAUCCAAAGUUGACAAAAAUGUAACAGAAGAAACAGUGAAGAUGCUGUUCUCCAACAUUGAAGAGAUCCUUGCGGUACACAAAGAGUUUCUGAAAGUCGUGGAAGAAUGCUUACAUCCAGAACCUAAUGCUCAGCAAGAAGUGGGAACCUGCUUUCUUCGCUUUAAAGACAAGUUUCGGAUCUACGACGAGUAUUGUAGUAAUCAUGAGAAGGCCCAAAAACUGCUUUUGGAACUUAACAAAAUAAGAACAAUCCGGACAUUCCUUUUGAACUGCAUGCUCCUUGGAGGACGGAAGAACACAGAUGCCCCCCUGGAAGGGUACUUAGUGACACCGAUACAAAGAAUAUGCAAGUACCCUCUCCUUCUGAAGGAGUUGCUGAAGCGGACUCCAAGGAAACACAGUGACUACGCAGCGGUGAUGGAAGCCCUCCAAGCCAUGAAAGCCGUCUGCUCCAACAUCAACGAAGCCAAGAGACAGAUGGAGAAGUUAGAGGUUUUAGAAGAAUGGCAGUCUCACAUCGAAGGCUGGGAGGGGUCCAACAUUACCGACACUUGCACUGAAAUGUUAAUGUGUGGAGUCUUAUCGAAAAUUUCUUCUGGGAAUAUUCAAGAACGGGUGUUUUUUCUUUUUGAUAAUCUUUUGGUGUAUUGCAAAAGAAAGCACAGACGGUUGAAGAACAGCAAAGCAUCUACAGACGGACAUCGGUAUGUCUUUCGUGGCCGGAUCAACACAGAGGUGAUGGAAGUGGAGAACGUGGACGAUGGCACGGCUGACUUCCACAGCAGUGGACACAUUGUCGUUAAUGGAUGGAAGAUACAUAACACAGCAAAAAAUAAAUGGUUUGUGUGCAUGGCAAAAACACCUGAAGAGAAACAUGAAUGGCUUGAAGCUAUUUUGAAAGAAAGAGAACGGCGGAAAGGUUUAAAAUUAGGAAUGGAGCAAGAUACCUGGGUAAUGAUCUCUGAACAGGGUGAGAAACUUUAUAAAAUGAUGUGCAAACAAGGAAAUCUGAUCAAAGACAGAAAAAGAAAACUGACCACGUUCCCUAAGUGCUUUCUUGGAAGUGAAUUUGUGUCGUGGCUGUUGGAAAUCGGAGAGAUUCACAGGCCUGAGGAAGGUGUUCACCUGGGACAAGCAUUAUUAGAAAAUGGAAUCAUUCACCAUGUUACUGAUAAACAUCAAUUCAAACCGGAACAGAUGUUAUACAGAUUUCGCUAUGAUGAUGGAACCUUUUAUCCAAGAAAUGAGAUGCAGGAUGUGAUUUCAAAGGGCGUACGAUUAUAUUGCCGCCUUCAUAGUCUAUUUACUCCAGUGAUAAGGGAUAAAGAUUACCACUUAAGAACCUACAAAUCUGUCGUCAUGGCCAACAAGCUGAUAGACUGGUUAAUCGCACAGGGGGACUGCCGCACCAGAGAAGAGGCAAUGAUAUUUGGCAUCGGACUCUGUGACAAUGGAUUUAUGCACCAUGUUGUUGAAAAAAGCGAAUUCAAAGACGAACCCCUACUUUUCCGUUUUUUUGCGGAUGAGGAAAUGGAAGGAUCAAAUAUGAAGCACAGACUUAUGAAACAUGAUUUAAAAGUUGUGGAAAAUGUUAUAGCUAAGUCAUUAUUGAUUAAAUCCAAUGAAGGCAGCUAUGGUUUUGGGUUAGAAGACAAAAACAAAGUUCCAAUAAUAAAGUUGGUAGAAAAGGGAUCUAAUGCUGAGAUGGCUGGCAUGGAAGUUGGGAAAAAGAUUUUUGCUAUUAAUGGUGACCUAGUUUUUAUGAGACCCUUCAAUGAAGUGGAUUGCUUCCUGAAAUCAUGCUUAAACAGCAGAAAACCUUUACGAGUUCUCGUGAGCACAAAGCCAAGGGAGACGGUGAAAAUCCCAGAUUCCGCUGAGGGACUUGGAUUCCAGAUCCGAGGAUAUGGCCCGUCGGUGGUGCACGCAGUAGGAAGAGGAACUGUGGCCGCGGCAGCCGGUCUUCACCCUGGACAGUGCAUCAUCAAGGUGAAUGGAAUCAAUGUCAGUAAAGAGACACACGCCAGCGUCAUUGCCCACGUGACGGCCUGCAGGAAGUACAGGAGGCCCACCAAGCAAGAUUCCAUUCAGUGGGUUUAUAACAGCCUUGAAAGUGCCCAGGAAGACCUUCAGAAGUCUAACUCCAAACCCCCUGGAGGUGAAGCAGGGGAUGCUUUUGACUGUAAAGUAGAAGAGGUGAUUGACAAGUUCAGCACCAUGGCCAUCAUCGAAGGCAAGAAGGAGCAUGUGAGUCUGACGGUGGAUAACGUCCACCUGGAGUACGGCGUCGUGUACGAGUAUGACAGCACCGCGGGCAUCAAGUGCAAUGUGGUGGAGAAGAUGAUCGAGCCCAAAGGCUUCUUCAGCCUCACUGCCAAGAUUCUUGAAGCCCUGGCUAAAAGCGAUGAUCAUUUUGUACAAAACUGCACCAGCCUCAAUUCUUUGAACGAAGUGAUUCCUACUGAGCUUCAGGGUAAAUUCAGUGUCGUUUGCAGUGAAAAAAUUGAGCACAUAUGUCAGAGAAUAUCCAGUUAUAAAAAGUUUUCUCGGGUGCUAAAGAAUAGAGCCUGGCCCACCUUUAAACAGGCCAAAUCUAAAAUCUCCCCACUGCACAGCAGUGAUUUCUGCCCUACCAACUGCCAUGUCAAUGUGAUGGAAGUUUCUUAUCCCAAAACGUCAACCUCCCUGGGGAGUGCGUUUGGAGUUCAGCUGGAUAGUAGAAAGCAUGGUUCUCAGGAUAAGGAAAAUAAAUCUGAACAAGGGAAACUGAGCCCCAUGGUGUACAUCCAGCACACGAUUACGACCAUGGCGGCCCCUUCAGGUCUGUCUCUGGGGCGGCAGGAUGGGCACGGCCUCCGGUAUUUGUUGAAGGAAGAAGACUUAGAAACCCAAGAUAUCUAUCAGAAACUGCUGGGCAAGCUUCAGACUGCACUGAAGGAGGUGGAGACGUGUGUUUGUCAAAUCGAUGACCUUCUGUCUUCGAUAACAUAUUCUCCUAAAUUAGACCGUAAGGCAUCAGAGGGCAUAGUACCGACAGACAGUGACAACGAGAAGGGAGAGAGAAACAGCAAACGCGUCUGCUUUAACAUGGCAGGAGAUGAGCAGGAGGAUUCAGGUCAUGACACCAUCAGCAACAGAGACUCGUACAGCGACUGCAACAGCAACAGGAAUUCCGUCGCCUCCUUCACCAGCAUCUGCAGCAGCCAGUGCAGCUCCUACUUCCACAGCGACGAAAUGGACUCAGGUGAUGAGCUCCCCCUAAAUGUUCGCAUUUCUCGUGAUAAACAGGACAAGAUACAUAGUUGCCUUGAGCAUCUUUUCAGCCAGGUGGAUUCCAUUACCAAUCUCCUGAAAGGCCAAGCUGUUGUGAGGGCCUUUGAGCAAACCAAGUACCUGACACCAGGUCGAGGAUUACAAGAAUUUCAGCAGGAAAUGGAACCAAAGCUGAGUUGUCCAAAAAGGUUAAGGCUUCACAUCAAACAGGAUCCUUGGAAUCUUCCCAGCAGCGUCCGGAAUCUUGCUCAGAACAUCAGAAAAUUUGUUGAAGAGGUAAAGUGUAGGAUACUUCUGGCUCUUCUGGAGUAUUCAGACAGUGAGACACAGCUCCGAAGAGACAUGGUUUUCUGCCAGAGUCUCGUGGCCACGGUCUGCGCCUUCUCCGAGCAGCUCAUGGCGGCCUUAAACCAGAUGUUUGACAACAGCAAGGAAAAUGAGAUGGAAACUUGGGAAGCCAGCAGACGGUGGCUGGACCAGAUAGCGAAUGCAGGAGUUCUUUUUCACUUUCAGUCACUUCUGUCACCGAACUUGACAGAUGAACAAGCCAUGCUAGAAGAUACACUGGUCGCACUAUUUGAUUUGGAAAAGGUUUCUUUUUACUUUAAACCAUCAGAAGAGGAACCACUGGUUGCAAAUGUUCCUCUCACGUAUCGGGUGGAAGGAAGCCGGCAAGCUCUGAAGGUUUACUUCUACAGUGACAGUUACCAUUUUGAACAGUUGCCUCAACGGUUGAAAAAUGGAGGAGGGUUUAAAAUUCAUCCUGUCCUUUUUGCACAAGCACUGGAGAGCAUGGAAGGAUAUUAUUACAGAGACAAUGUUUCGGUGGAAGAAUUUCAAGCCCAAAUAAAUGCAGCCUCAUUGGAAAAGGUCAAACAGUACAACCAGAAGCUCAGGGCAUUCUACUUGGACAAGUCAAAUUCACCACCAAACUCCACAUCCAAGGCUGCCUAUGUAGAUAAGCUAAUGAGGCCUCUCCAUGUUCUGGAUGAACUGUACCGGCUGGUGGCCUCGUUUAUCCGGUCCAAGCGCACGGCGGCCUGCGCGAACACGGCCUGCGGCGCCUCGGGGGUGGGGCUGCUGUCGGUGUCCUCGGAGCUGUGCAGCCGGCUGGGCGCCUGCCACGUCAUCAUGUGCAACAGCGGCGUGCACAGGUGCACCCUGAGCGUGACCCUGGAGCAGGCCAUCAUUCUGGCCAGAAGCCACGGACUGCCUCCUCGCUACAUCAUGCAGGCCACAGAUGUGAUGCGCAAGCAGGGAGCAAGAGUUCAGAACACAGCAAAGAACUUGGGAGUCAGAGACCGGACCCCACAGUCUGCUCCGAGGCUGUACAAGCUGUGUGAGCCGCCUCCCCCUGUCGGAGAAGAAUGAGGAGGACCCCCAAGGAACCAGGCGAGCAGAAGCUUCUGAACACUGGGCUCAACAAAGGACGAGCUGGCUACACAUGCUCCACUCAAGAUAAAGAAAUGGAUUUUUUCCUCUAAAUCUUUCACCGUGGUGUAAAUAAUUAAUGCUUAGCUUGUACUUAGAUAUUUUUUUCUGGAAGUGGAUAGGAGUUUCUUCAAAGCACUCAGCUUCACAAACCCAUCUUUCUGUGUGUUGAUAGGAAAAAUUCAUUUUUAGGAUAGAAUUCACCCCUGGAAAUUACAGAACAAAAAUAGCAGAGAUAAAACAUUAACCAUUGUGCCUCCUUUAUUAAAAUGAUUUUACUGUGUUUGCUUUCAUCUUCUCCAAAUGGAACAUAUAAGGGUGGUUCCUUCCAUUUGAAGUAAUCAUCAUACAGAAAAGUCACAGACAACAGAGACGGGCGUGGUCCGCACUCGCGCUGGUGACAGCGAAAGAGGAUGCUUUACUCUGUCUAAGGGAGUGUUGCUGAGUAGAGAAGAGAGCUGACUGCAGCCUCCAGCAAGACCUUCUCCCAGCUGCUCUCAGGGACCCUUUAUGCUCCUGGGCAGUUCCAGGAACCGGUGCUGUCCUUGGUCCCUGAGAUGGGCGUGGCCUCCGUGGCGCGUGCGUACUGACGCUGUGCCGCGGGUAUCCAGGGGUGGGGAGAGGCAAGGAUCCCGGAGUGGCAGGAAGGAAGGAAGACUAGGGCGAAGGAGGAAAUAAUAUGCCUAUUAAAAAACUGAAUCUUUAAAUUUCAAAGAUACUUAAAACUCUUAAUUUUAUUAAGGCUUUCACAUGAGAUGUCAGACUCCUAAGAGAAUACACCACGCUGAGUAUUUUUCUAUCAAGGUAGUAUAUGUAUAAAAUGUGAAAAUAAAGCUUUAUUUGUUGAACCCUAAAGGAACUAUUAGAGACCUUGAUAAUUUAUAAAAGUACAAGGUGUAUUCUAUUUUCAUUCUAAAGCAUGCAUGAUGUUUAUCCUUUCUAGAUAAAAAAAAGAACAUUGGUUUUUUUUUUAGCAUAGUGAAUAUAGUGAUACUGGUUUUAAAUCCGUAAUUUUCAAAACAAUUAAAAUGCCCUUACUGUGAUCGUGAUAAUUAUGUGGAUUUAGAUAAACCUAGUCUGUGAAAUGUUUUCCAUGACUAAAGUAUGUACAAACCGUUAUUAAAUUUUAAUUUAUGAAUUUUGAUAACAGUUUUCAAACUAUUAUUUAAAAACCCUCAUCCCUAGCGCUUGUGCAUUGAAUAACAGAAACACUAUGUUACAUAUGUCUGAGGUGUUUAUAUACUGGUCAAGGUAGUGAUAAAUGUUACGUGGCACAGAAGCACUUAAGACUUUUCAUGAUAAGUCCCUAUCUAUAAUGAAAAAAUAAAGAACCCAACCGUUUUCAGGGAAAAAGUUGAACGCUUUGGAUUUAAUGAAGAUAUGACCUUAAUAUAAAUAUGUACAUUAAAUAUAUUUUUAACUUUCAGGAGUUUAACAUUCUUGAUACCAUGAGCAAGUGUUCCUGAAGGUCCAUGAAAUUAGUAAAUUGUGAUUUUCCCGUACUGAGCAUUUGAUUACAUUUAACACAGGGCUAGUGAGUGAGCAAAACAAACUAACUAGCAAGUACUUGUCAUGUUGUCAGUACUGCUUCCUGAUCACCACUCUGGAAGCAGUGUUCCUCACUAGAGGCCUGAGUUGGUCACAAACGUUUCAGUCAUCUUUUGCUGUUUCAUGUGGGAAAUUAUCUGUUAUUGUAGUAUUUAUAAAUUAACAUAUUUUAAUAUCAAUCUCUAUAUAAUAGGAUGUACUUAAUAUAAUUUUAAGGGUUGAACGUAGGUAAGUGUACCAUCUGUCAGAGUGCUUGGCACUUAUUUAAAAAAAGCUCAAAAGUUAGUGAUGACUUUUAUUAUCAGUGACUGUGAUUUUCAACUGUAAUGAAAACUGUAGCUAAAGCCUGAGUAAUUUCUACAAGCAAUACCUCCAAGUGCUUUACCCAUACUUUGUUGUGUUGCUUCACUAAUCCUCGUAAUGAUGAGUUGGGGUGGUACCCUUUUCAUCACCCCCAAUUUACAGUUGAGGAACUGAAGCAAAGAAUGGUCCAGUGACUUGCCCAAGGCGCCAUGUGACUGAUAAGAGGUAGAACCAGGAUUUGAAUCUGGGAAGUCUGCCUUCUUAAUACAUUAUGCUGCUUUUCUUUAUUAAUACAGGAAAUGUAAUACUGCCAAUUCUUUGUUGAUAAAGUUGGAGUUAUAUGGGGUAUGUUGCCAUUGAAUUAUACAUCUUAUAUUGAGAAAAAAGUGAAUGGAAAUAUAUAAAAUGCCUUUAGUACAUGAAAACCAUAGGAUUUCCUGGGCUUUUUCCCAUUCUGACUACACGUUAUGAGGUGACCCAAUGCUAUUGUAAUCUGAAAAAAAUAUAUAUUCUUUAUAACUGAAGAUAACAGUUUUAGAUAGGUCUUGGAAAUCUGGAAUAGUACAUUAUAUAAAACUUGACUAUGAUUCCAAAACAGUGGUAACAGUAAAAAAUGUCAAAUGAGUAAAUGAAUAAAGACACCCCUUCAGUGCCAUAAUGUCCCUCCAUGUGAUGUUGGACAUUUAACUGGCCUUGAGUUUUUAGAGUGGGUUUACCUAAAUGCUCACAUACUGCUCACCAGGGUACCUUUAAACAUUCCCAAAGUCUGCUGACACUUCUGCUGAGUUCUGCUAACUUUGAAGUUCUGAGUUUAGACACCUGCCUCUCUCCACCUGAAAGGGAGGGUCCUGCAGAGAGGUUUGAUUCUUAAUAUGGGACCUGAUUAAAAAAUGCUUGUUAACUGGUAAUUCAUAGUCAAUAAAUCUGAAACAUUC